AUGCCGGUGGGCGCGUGCUGUGCCAGCCCUUGGGGUGAUGUUGGAUCGACCGUGCCUGACUCGGGAAAGCAGAAGAAUUCUGGCAGAAGCACCUCACUGAAGCAGAGACCAGCCCCUGAUCUGGAUAAUGACACGCCAAGGAUUAUGCUCAAGAGAAUCAUCCGGACCCAACCGCAAGUUUCACCUCUAGCACCUCAGGUAUCUGAACAUGAAGAAACAGAAGCAGCUCGGUCAGAACUCCCAUCUAAGAGAGUUUCCAACAUGGUGGAAAUGCAACUGCCAGACCUUGUUCCUGAGGACACCUCCAUUGCCACAUUCCAUAUGACUAAGAAGAGAAAGAAACUCAGCAUUUCUGAAUUUGAGAGAGCAGCAGACAAACGACUUCCUCAGAACCAAGCUCAGUCAACGUUGGACAGCACGACUUUGGCUCGAUCUCUUCGCAUGUCUCUGGGUUCCUUGAUCCCACCAGACACUGUUGAAAAGAGAGGCUUGCUCCGGAGGCCAAAAAAUCGCAAAGCUAUUGACAUGGAAGCUUUUGAAGGCGGAGUGGAACAGAACAUGCUGAAAAGAAAAGUGCAGAACUAUCUUGUGGACUCACAAACAGCAUCUGGGAUCCAAACAGCCACGCUGACGAGUGACGCGGAAAUCAUGCUGAGUAACACGGAGCUCUUUGUUCAGCCUCAGUUUGAUGAACAGAGCCAAAAUAAGCCUUCUGCUUUUGAACCACAACUGUCAGAUUCAAAAACUUUGGAACAGAGAAGCAAGAUUUCUGAUGCAGCCCAAGAGGAAGCAAAGCUGGUGGCCCCACUAUCCGGUGUGGGCACAAAUGAGGGAAGGACCCAAAGGUAUUCUGAGGACUUAAUCCUUGAUCGUGAGGGCAUUGACAGAAUGACUGGUGUGCCUCCAAAAACACCUGCAAACCAGCGAGAAGAUCAGCAGGAUCAUUCCCAGCAGAGUAACCCGAUGGAACAGCUUUCUGUUUUGGAAGAGGUGGUGGCUGGCACUGCAGAGCAUCAUGCAAAUGCUGGAUAUUCAGAACGUUUGGAGAAGAAACUGACCAGCAAAGCAGAAUCGCAGGUGGCUGUGGCACAGGAUGACAGAGUGGGAACAGAAACAGCCGCUUCCGAAGAAGAGGGAAUAGCAGAAGGCAGUGUUGAACACCAAGGCUCUCCUGAAGCUGAUGUUGAAGCUGGAAGCCUGGGCAAGCAUUCUCAUGCUUUUUCCUCCCCUAAAAAAUUUGGGGUGAAGUUGUUAGAGGAAGCUGUUGAAGAAGCUGAUGAACUAAAGGAUGAAGCUAUCGUGGUAGAAUUUGAUGGUCUGGAAGAAGAGCCUGCUGAGGAUGAAGCUGAAGACCCUGAGAGUGAAGAGGUUUCCAUGAAGACACCCACGUUUGUCCAUGCUGCAGCCUACAAACCACGGCUGUCGACACCACAUCCUGCAAAAUCUGUUGCUUCCGAGUCUCCUCUGCCGCCGCCACGGGCUAAGCUGGUUCCGAAGAGCUCGGGAGCAGCACGGAAGAAGGCAUAUGAGCCUGGAGUGGCAAGUAGUUUGAUAAAGAAGAUCUUUAGCCAUUAUGUGAAAAUGCCAGUGGCCAGAGAUGCAUUCAACAUUGUUGUAAAAUGCUCCGAGAGAUACUUCAAGCAGCUAAGCAGUGAUCUGGAAGCUUACACCAACCAUGCAGGGAGGAAGACAGUGGAGAUGGCUGACCUGGAAGUCCUCAUGAGAAGGCAGGGGCUGGUGACAGACAAGAUGCCGCUGCAUGUGCUGAUCGAGCGUUACCUCCCUCUGGAGUACAGGAAGCUCCUGAUCCCCGUUGCUGUGAGUGGGAACAAAGUGAUCCCCUGCAAAUGA